AUAGGAAAGGAGGAUGUGCGGGUGCGGCAUACACAGACACACACAAUGGCUCCACCGAAGGGUGUGGUGGUCACAGUGCCAGUGCUAGUGCUCUCAGUGGCAUCUGCUGCUAUCUUCCUCUUCUUCCUUCUUUCUUCUCUCUCCUCAUGCUCCUGCCCCCCACCUACCUCCACCGCCACUCAAACUACUUCGGCCGACAAGAGAUCCACUACGGAUCGAAUAUCUCCUACAGUAGAAGACCUCGCUUGGGUGAAAGAUCAAAUCCAGAAGAACAAUCUACAUAUGCAACUCAAUGUCCUCCGCAAGGGCAUUAACCCUCGCACUCGCGCUCAACAGCUCGAAGAUUUAACCCAAUUCAAGGGUAUCUCACACUACGAAGGAGAUGAAGCGAACAAUCACACUUCCUUGCCAUGCCCUGGAGAAUUGCUUGUGGAGGAACACCACAGCAACUAUGGGGAACCCUGGGCUGGAGGACGCGAUGUGUUUGAGUUUCUUGCAGAGUCAGUUCAGCUGAAGUCAGACUCCCAUGUCCUCGAGAUUGGGUGUGGUACCCUUCGUGUUGGACUGCAUUUUAUCCGUUACUUGGUUCCAGAGCACUUCCAUUGCCUAGAAAAGGAUGAGCUUUCUCUUAUGGCGGCAUUUCGGUAUGAGCUUCCAUCUCAAGGUCUCUUGUACAAGCGACCUUUGAUUUUGAAAGGUGAGGAUAUGGAUUUCAGUAACUUUGGAUCAGGUUUCCAGUAUGAUUUGAUCUAUGCAAGUGCUGUUUUCCUUCACAUGCCGGAUAAACUCGUCUGGGUAGGACUAGAGAAGUUGGUAGCUAGGUUGAUACCUUAUGAUGGCAGGAUUUUUGUCUCUCACAAUAUAAAGUUCUGUUCUCGAUUGGGGGGAGAGGAGUGUACAAAAAAGCUAUCGAGUCUAGGGCUGGAGUAUCUUGGAAAACAUAACCAUGAUAGCUUGCUCUUCAACCACUAUGAGAUUUGGUUCGAGUUCAGACGAUCCAAGGUUUAAGGCUGUCAGCCACUAUGAGAUUUGGUUCGAGUUCAGACUAUCAAAGGUUUAAGGCUGUGAGCCACUCCUUGCCAAAUUCAAAUUCAGUUGAUGUGAUUCACACUGAAGGAUGCUGAAUAUAGCUUUAUGUGCUAGUGUUUCCCUCGGUCCUUCCAUGACAUUUUUGGGUCAUUGAAGUUAGAAGAUCAACUAUGAAGUUGCUGAAAAAUAUGCCAGUGUAUCAGGUAUUUGCAAAGAAGUUGGGACUCAGCUCUGUAAUCAUGGGAAUUUUGCAUUUGUAACUCUACUUUUGAGGUAUUAUCUCACAAUGAAUACAAUGGUGAUAGAUUGGCUGCAGCAA